GAGAUCAUGAACCAGACAGAUAAAAAUCAACAAGAAAUCCCAUCAUACCUUAGUGAUGAACCACCAGAAGACCAUUUCACGAGUAUCCUUUCAUUUGUAAAGAGUUGGGUGAGGCGCAGAGGAAGGAUGGACUAGGUUAUGUCAUGCAUACGAAAACUCACUUCAAGAGGUACUUGAGAUUUGUUGUUAAACUCCUAUUAUUCAUUACAUUAUAAUGGGUAACUCUUGCUUUUUUAAUACAUGGUUUUAGAGUCUGCUUAAUUUAUUUUUUAGUGUGGAAAUUGUGACAUCAGGAAUCAUUUUAUUCUUACCUUUACUUCAAAAAUCUUUGGAAACACUAAAUGCACACAUGUAUGUCCUCACUAUGUACAGACUAGCUGUUUUCUUUAUUUUCUCUCUUUAUUUUUUAGGACUAGAAGUCUAGAGUUUUGAAAAGAAAAGUUAGGGCUCAAUGAGAAAGUUAGGAAGGACUUAUGAGAAAGAAGUCAGGAAAGAGGUAAAGGCUGUCCAGAAGCAUGAUUGUUAAGGAAGAGAACAGCCUCAGGGAUGUCUUUAUAUUGGCAACCUGUUAAAAGUAGUCUGCAAAGUGGAUAAUUUAUAUGGUGGUAAUUAAGAGUACACUGUAAUUUUUAAAAAAGAGUACACUGUAAUUAAGAGAUCAACAGCAUUAGUAUUUAUCUGAUUUCACUAAGAAAAACUGUCUUCAUUAAAUGCAUGUACACCAAAUUUGGCAUAGCAGGAUAAUACUAAUGAGGUAUUCAGCAUGAGGUAGUUAUCUGUUUUACCCUCAAAUCAAGAUUUUCCCCCCUUUUCCUAGUGUUACUAACCUUGAUUACAAAAGAAUGACCACUUAUAUCCUUUCAUCAUAAUUUUAUAAUUAAUAUAUUCAAAUGCUUAUCUAUGUCUUAAGUCUUUUAUUUCAGCUAUUUUAAAAUUUUAUAUUAACUAUGCUUAUUACUCAGUUUCAAUUAAACAGUUGGUUUUAUAAAUUUAGCCAUUGCUGUAUCUUCAUCAGUGAGCUAUUUUGACUAAUCAAUGAGACUUUCUUCCUUGUGAAAGGAUGUAAAAUCUCCAAACAGUGAAAAGAAAAUCUUACUCAAGGUUCAAUGAAAGAUCACCCACAGCAGCAACCAGGCAUGCUGUCCCGUGUGACUGGGGGUAUCUUCAGUGUUACAAAGGGAGCCGUUGGUGCCACCAUUGGUGGUGUGGCUUGGAUUGGUGGAAAGAGUCUGGAGGUGACCAAAACAGCUGUUACAACUGUGCCUUCCAUGGGAAUAGGGCUGGUGAAAGGGGGCGUGUCUGCUGUGGCUGGAGGUGUUACAGCUGUUGGCUCUGCUGUUGUAAACAAAGUGCCCUUAACAGGAAAGAAGAAAGACAAAUCUGACUAAAAUAUGGAGAUACACUUGCUCUCCACAGCAUUAUGAUGCCAGUGGCAUUGAAUUGCUAAAUUAUGGACUACAACCAAGUCACCUGUUUUGGACGUUUAUCUUCUAACUGCUGUGUUGAAAGUAUUGAUGACUGACUGGCGUUUGUCUAAAAAGAAGAGACCAAUACUAGCACAGUGUAUGAAGGUUUCUCAUACUUAAAUUCCAGCUUUUUAUCUGGUAAAAUGUUACACUUAUUCAGUUGUAACUGAAGAUAAGGUAUAUUUGAAUAUUUACUACAUUAAGUCUUUCAGUUUAACUAAAAAUGUGAAAGUUGAAUUUAGUAGAUGAUCUUUACAGUUCCAUAUGUAUAAUGUGCCAGGUAAACUCAUCUGCCCCUUAAGAAGGGAACCUUGACCUACAUAAACGUACCUUUGAUGUGCCUAAUAGUUUCAGAUGUCUUAGUUUUUUUAAUAACCAUAGUUGAUUAGACGAAGAGGCAUUCUUUUCUUAUUUAAGAUGGUAAAAGUAGCAGGAACAAGAGAAGUUUAAAAGAAAAGAUUCAUGGUUUUAUGAGUAUUAACCAUCUUUUGUUAGAUAUGCAUUAUAUUAAUUUAAUCAUUGAUGCCUUACAAAAGAAAACAUCUUUUCUAAUACCCUGAAUAUGUGCAGUUCUUAGGAUUAUUAUUAUAUAUGGAUUCUUUCAAAAGUUGUUUGUGAAAUUAGUUUUCCCUCAAGAAUCUCAGGAUUAGUGGCAUAAAGGCAUUUCUUGCUCUCAGCAGAUAGGAUAGUGUUUGAUAACUGUCAGUAGUUAUAACCAAAUUGUACACUUCAGCCUGGGUUCAUGCUCCAUCAUUAAUAAACCUCACAGUGCCUAAGGGACA